AUGGUACAGUCUUUGCUAAAUGUCAUAAAUGAAGUUGACUCUUUUCGACUCAAUGAUACUUACUAUAAAUUGUUAACGCACGAUGCCAGGGCAGUUUUAGGGUAUAUUGCACCUUUUGUUGCUCAAUUCUUUCAACAUACUCCAUCAUUUGAAUUUGAUGGUGAUGCCAAGACCAUAAAGAUAGGAAGUGAAUAUGAUUCCUUUGAGAAACGAAAUGCCCUUUUUCAAGAUAUUGGUAAUCAAUGGAGACAGUAUCCUAAGUUUCACGAAUUGCUUGAUAAAGGUUGGAGAAAUGAGUUGUACACUGUCUAUAAUCCGAGCAGUGUCCCAUACAUGUUAAUUGAAAGAGCAUUCUCAGUUUUAUUGGGGGUAGUAACGUAUGGUGUUCAUAUUAAUGGAUACGUCCCUCCAGAGAACUCAUCAAAUGGGAAAUUGAAAUUCUGGGUUCCUCGAAGAUCAGCUACAAAACCAACUUAUCCAGGAAAAUUAGAUAAUACUGUUGCAGGUGGGUUGGGGUAUCCAUAUGGCCUAACUGAAACUGUCAUCAAGGAAUGCUUUGAGGAAGCUGGAUUGGAGGAGGAAUUUGUAAAGUCGCAUAUUAAAAGCACUGGUGUCGUGUCAUAUAUGUACUUGACAAAAGAUGGAAGAGUACAACCAGAGGUAGAAUAUACGUAUGACAUCAAAUUUGACGAUGAAGAAAAUAUUAUCAAACCGCAAGAUGGGGAAGCUGAAGACUUUCAACUUUUGGAUGUUGAUCAAGUAUUGGAAAAACUUCAUAACAAGGAAUUUAAACCGAAUUGCGGGUUGAUAAUAGUGGAUUUUUUGAUUAGACAUGGUCAUAUUACUCCAGAGAAUGAGCCAAAUUAUUUAGAAAUUGUAUCAAGAUGUCAUGUUGCGAUGCCAUUUGCUACUAGAUAG